AUGGCGAAGCCCCCGUCGUCCGCGGCUGCGGCGGCCGCCGGAGGCCGUGGCCCGGUUCACAACCGGACCCGGCUCCUCCUCGUCCUCCUCGUGGCCGUCGCCGCCUCCGCAUCCACAGCGGGGUUCCUCCUCCGCGGUGCCCUGCGAGACCCCUGCGACGGCCGUGGGGACCCCGCCGCCCUCAACACCGCCGUCGCCGCGGGGAGUCCCCUCGGGUUCAUGAGCUCCAAACUCGUGCUCCUCGUCUCCCACGAGCUCUCCCUCUCGGGUGGCCCACUUUUACUGAUGGAAUUGGCAUUUCUUCUGAGGCAUGUUGGCUCGCAAGUGGUGUGGAUAACAAACCAGAGAUCAGAAGAAACAAAUGAUGUCACAUAUAGCUUGGAGCAUAGGAUGUUGAACCAUGGAGUGCAGGUUUUACCAGCUAGGGGACAGGAGGCAGUUGAUAUUGCUCUAAAAGCUGAUCUGGUUAUUUUAAACACUGCUGUUGCUGGCAAGUGGCUUGAUCCUGUUCUGAAAGAUCAUGUUCCUAAAGUCCUUCCGAAGAUUUUGUGGUGGAUCCAUGAAAUGCGAGGGCAUUACUUUAAGGUUGAAUAUGUCAAACAUCUUCCCUUUGUUGCUGGAGCCAUGAUUGAUUCUCAUACAACGGCUGAAUAUUGGAAGAGCAGGACUAGUGACCGCCUGAAAAUACAGAUGCCACAAACUUAUGUUGUUCACCUGGGGAAUAGUAAAGAACUAAUGGAAGUUGCUGAAGAUAGUGUCGCAAGAAGAGUCCUACGGGAACAUAUUCGUGAGUCCCUUGGAGUACGGAGUGAAGAUAUCCUGUUUGCAAUAAUAAACAGUGUAUCACGAGGAAAGGGACAAGACUUAUUUCUUCAAGCAUUUUAUCAGGGUUUGCAGCUCAUCCAACACCAGAAACUAAAAGUGCCUACAAUGCAUGCUGUAGUUGUGGGAAGUGAUAUGAAUGCUCAGACCAAAUUUGAGACUCAGUUACGUGACUUUGUGGUGAAGAAUGUGAUUCAUGACCGUGUCCAUUUUGUGAACAAGACAUUGUCAGUGGCCCCUUAUUUGGCAGCAAUUGAUGUUCUUGUUCAGAAUUCUCAGGCCCGUGGAGAAUGCUUCGGAAGGAUAACAAUUGAAGCAAUGGCAUUCAAGUUGCCAGUAUUGGGCACGGCUGCUGGAGGGACCACGGAAAUCGUCGUGGACGGCUCGACUGGCCUUCUGCAUCCUGCUGGGAAGGAGGGCGUGACGCCUCUUGCAAAGAACAUCGUGAGACUCGCAAACCAUGCCGAGCAAAGGGUCUCCAUGGGGGAAAAGGGCUAUGAGAGGGUGAAGGAAACGUUCAUGGAGCACCACAUGGCUGAGAGGAUCGCGGCGGUGUUGAAGGAAGUUCUGCGGAAAUCACAGGAACACUCAAGGUCUUGA